UAUGCUUCAAGAUGAUCGCAUUCAACAGAUUCAACAGUUGGGUAACGUUCUAAAUUCUUAUAUAUUAUAUGAAGAUAUAAUAGAUAUGAAAAUCUAAAAACGUGAUCCACAUUGAAUCCACUGAGUGCAACCAUUUUCUGUCAAGUCGAUCUUGCUUAACUAACAUAUAGUGAAGCAAAUUGACAGAGCACAUAUGACAGUAACAAGUACUAUUAUCAACUUCGUCUUCGACAACCAAGCGCACAAUCGAAGGACAAACGAUUUUAUUCCACUUGAUAGUCGGUGUGGUCGGCGCGUCAUCAGUUUAUCUCGUGCGCAAGCCUAGUCGAAAAAUCGAUAAACUCGAAAGGCGCAUAAACCCCGAGUGAGUCGCCACAGAGUUAGUGCUAACCGUACACGACGACGCCGUCGACGACAAGGACGAUUGACGUGAACAUCAUUGAUGUGAGACGCGAGCUUCAGUUUUGUUUAUCGUACCCUCGCGAGAACUAUCCCUCCAUCGGAGGAGCGGACCAACAAGGUGGCCAGAAAAGGUGGUCAGGGGAAGUUAUGAGGCCCUGUUUCAUUCCUAUCGUCAUCGUCCUGAUCCUGAUCGAGGCACCUGAUCGUAGUGACAGCAUUUCUAUUAAUACAGUGAAGACAUGGGGAGAGAAGCUGAGCUUCGAACUGUCACAAUUGGCCAAGUACGUGACAAAGGUGGAGAAAUUUCAAGAGAACUACAAGUCGACGACCGUUGCGCCUCGUGACGGAGCCGCCCUCGUCAUCGAGAUCGCUAAGGACAUCAAACGUAUGAUGGAGUCCAAAAUCUCGGCUAUCAAGAGAAUAAUGGACACAGCAGAGCAAUCAGCGCUAUCGUCCAUGGACGUGGAUCCACCUGAAUCCUAUAAGUUUAUUAAUGCAAAGAACAACAGCAUCGAGCUCGAAUAUAGUGCUCAUUUCGGCGGCAAUGUAAAUACCACCAAAUCAACAGUGCAUGUGCCUACGAAUGUAUACGAGCGCGCGUCAGACGUCAUCCGGGCGAUCGAGUGGUCUGAAAAGCUCGAUCCCAUCUUCGUCGACAAUUAUAACCGAGAUCCGUCAUUGUCCUGGCAGUAUUUUGGUAGUGCGUCCGGCUUCAUGCGCCAGUAUCCCGCUAUGAGUUGGUAUAUGGAUCCAGUGGAUCUGUUCGACUGCAGGACGAGGAGCUGGUACAUCGAGGCGGCUACUAGUCCCAAGGAUAUUCUCAUCUUGAUGGACACUUCUGGCAGUAUGACGGGUAUGCGGCGGGAGAUCGCCAGACACGUGAUUAACAACAUCCUCGACACUCUCGGCAACAAUGAUUUUGUCAACAUUAUCACGUUCUCUAAUGUGACUAAAGAGGUAGUUCCAUGCUUCAGUGACACUCUAGUACAGGCGAACCUGGCGAACGUGCGCGAGCUGAAACUAGCCAUCGAGAAGCUUGUUACGGAGAAGAUAGCCAACUUUUCCUUGGCUCUGACUACUGCCUUUGAACUACUUGAAACAUUUCGCACCGAGCGAGAAGGUGCCAAGUGCAAUCAGGCGAUUAUGCUGAUCACCGACGGAGUGCCAUACAACUUCAAGGAGAUCUUCGAGGCGUACAAUUGGAAGGACAAUCCGGACGAACCACUGAAGGCUGAUAUGCCCGUCAGAGUAUUCACAUAUCUAAUUGGCCGGGAAGUCGCGGAUGUGCGUGAAGUACAAUGGAUGGCUUGUGCAAACAGAGGAUAUUACGUUCAUCUAUGCACUCCGGCAGAAGUGAGAGAAGAGGUGUUAAAGUACGUACCGGUGAUGGCGAGACCUUUGGUGCUGGGUCGUACGGAUCAUCCGACUAUUUGGACACCUGUUUACGCCGACAUAACGGAUCCGAAAAUGACCGAUUGGUAUUGGGAACAGCGCGAAAAUCAGGACCAGAAGGACCGUUUUUUGUUCCACAAAAGCUUGCAGAACAAGAAGGUCGCUAACAUGGAAUACUACCAGGAUCGGCGAUUUGUGAAGAACGAGAAGCGAGGGCACGAUCAGACGAACGGAUGGCAGGAAUACAAGCUGAUGACCUCGGUCAGCAUGCCUGUGUUCGAUCAACGCGAAAACGCGACGAUGAUCGCCAAUCUCCUCGGUGUUGCCGGCACAGAUGUACCGAUCGAUGAGAUCCAAAAGCUGAUGAUGCCACACAUGCUCGGCGUCAAUGGUUAUGCUUUCAUCGUCACCAACAAUGGUUUUAUUCUGAUUCAUCCCGAUCUCCGGCCAGUGUUCAAGGGCAUCUUAAAGCCAGCGUAUAACAGCGUCGAUAUGGCGGAGGUCGAAUUAAUGGACUCAGACAGAGGCCCCAGGGAAUUCGAUGAAGGAAUCAUUAUGCUUCGCAACGACGUGGUGAAUCAGACAAAUGGUAGCGUGACGCUUCAUACAAAGUAUCAUUAUGACGAUAUGAAACGCGUCGGCAGAGUAAAGAGAAAAUAUGAUUAUAUGGGAAUCACGGACACACCAUUCACGGUGGUGGUCAGCUUGCCCGAAUACGAGCACACCGGAAGUUAUCGCGUACAUGAUAUCGAAGAAAUACAUCGCUCUCACGCUAAAGAAAAAUACUUCUGGCGUGUAGAGGAUGAUUACCGUGUCGACUUUAACAAACAAAAUGCUACCUCUCAUAAAUUAUUCGGGAAAAACGUAACAGAUUACUUCGCGGGUAGUAAUUGGCGGGUGCACCCUGAUUGGAUGUACUGCAAGUACCACUACGAGGGUGAACAUAAGUUCAACACCUCGGAGAUGCAGCUCCUACAUUUUCUGGAGCGUGCCCGCCAACCAGGCUGGAAGUGGAUCGAGAGUAAGUGGCGAUCCCAGCCGCCGGAAAAGUCCGCUUCAGCUUCUAGUCAUAAUUCUCAUACUAACCCCUCCAAGACCGACAAGAACUCAUACUACUGCGACAGAAAUUUACUGCUCAGUCUGGUAUACGAUGCGAAGAUGACCGAGUGGUUUACUCAACAAAGCAUAGUAACCAGUAAUCAUGAUGAAUCAGGACCUUUAGCUAGGCUGAUGACACAGAUGCCCAGGAAGGAUUUCAAACAACGUUUCGGGGUGAUUCUGGCGUUCGUAGCCACGCGCAGCGGGCUGACCAGAUGGCAGGACUUGGAAGAGGAUGUACCGCUACCAAAUGAUCAUUUCAGCAAGCUGUAUCCUCGAGCCAUCGAUGAGGUGUGGUACAAACGAGCAGUCGAGCAAUAUUACGUGAAUCCGGACAACUUUGUUUUCUCCAUUCCAAUCGAUGAGGAAGGUGUCGACAACACUACUCUGGUCACUGUCAGUCGUGCGAUAUUCAUUGGACAAGAGGAGAAGAAGAAGGCGCCGGUCGCGGUGGUCGGUUUCCAGUUCCAGCAAACUGUCUUGCAAUCGUAUUUGCAGAACAUAACAUUUAGCUGCGGGGAAAGCACCAAUUGUUACAAACAUUGCGGCGAUGAUGCCUGGACAUGUUACUUGAUUGACAAUAACGGUUACAUAGUUGCUGCCAAGGAUGAAACGGACACCGGUAAAUUCUUCGGUGAAGUCAGAGGUUCUAUAAUGAUUAGCUUGGUCAAAGAGGGUGUCUUUGAGAGAAUAAAGAUCUUCGACUAUCAAGCAGUAUGCUUCAAGAAUACGCAGUCCAACAACGCUGGCAAUGAAUUAUUCACACCGUGGAAACAUCUUCGGAAGACAUUGUCGUGGUUGAUCAGUCAAGCCGCUUGGCUCUGGGCAAAGACGGGCAUAUUGGAGCCUGAUUAUGCGGGGGCGUACGGCUAUGCCAAUGACGAGGAAACCGUUCACGAUGAUCACGACGAUCAUGAAAACCAAGAAAAAUCUUCAGCUGAUUCAAAGGACGAGAGAACCAUCAACCAAGAUAGUGUUUUGAUCAAUCGUACACGUUUAGAAGUGUGCGAUCAAGAGGUAGAUCUGUAUUUGCGCAACACCUCGUUCGACAUGUACGACGUGGGUGCGGACGAGUGCAUACGACCGUAUAUGAUACAGCCGCUGAACUUAACCAAUUUGCUACUAGUGGUGGUGAACAUUGGAUGCGGCGACACAGCAUCGUCGAUAUUAAGCAUUACUCCCGAGGAAGUCGCCUACGGAAACAACACUCUGGUCUGCCAGAAAGCGAUAAUGAACCUCAAGCGAAAGCGACCGCAAUCCUGCAUACGUACGCAUCUUCGUGAGAGCGAGAUCAAGGAUCAGUGCGGCCUGGCGACGAACAUUAGAUCAAAUCUGUGUCUCCUGGUGCUGACAUUGUUGCUGACAUGUGCGCUGGCUAAAAAGAGAGUCGUCCUUCUUUAAGAUGAAGCUGAAUUCACAGCCAACAAUCGGUGUCAAAUUAAUUGAUACUUAUAUUCGCCGCGAAUCGAACUCUCGACUGUCGCCUUGUGUAAUCCGAAUGAAACCUCGCUUGAUGAGCGUAUAUGAAUAUUUGUACUUUUCACGUUUUCUUCGACGAUCGGGGUUGCUACAUUAUAAAUUCGAUUUUCCAUCUAAUUUCUCGUUGAUUUUUUCAGUCAAUAAGUCAUUUUUGUGCAAUUCGAAAUUCCUGAUUAUGAUUAUAUUUACUUUAACAAAAUUUGAGUAAAUAGGGAAAAAUAAUGAAAGUAAAA